GGCUCCCGGCACCAUGACCUCCCUGAAGAUGCUGCUCCUGGCCGCCCUCCUCCUGGGGGCUUCCCUGCAGGACACCCACGCAGCUCGAGGAGCCAAUGUGGGCCGAGAGUGCUGCCUGCAGUACUUCAAAGGGGCUAUUCCUCUCAGGAAGCUGGUGAGGUGGUACCGGACCCCAGGGGACUGUCCCAGGGAUGCCAUCGUGCUGGUGACUCUCCACGGCAGAUCCAUCUGUUCAGACCCCAAGGACGUGCAGGUGAAAAAGGCAGUCAAGCACUUGCAAAAACACCACAAAGCCACGUGACCUGGCCGCCCAGCGGUCCUGACUGCUCCCUGGACCAUCUGGAGUCUUCCCGC